GAGACAAGAUGGACGAGGGCAACAGCUGCAAGAGAACAAUGUUUUGGCAGUAAACGUCUGAAGAGUCGCGCGUUGGUGUUCAUUCGGACGUCGAGAAUCCGCUGUGGACAUGUACAGCGCAUCACUCAGCUAAAAAGACGAGAACAUUGCCCUCUUGAGGAAGCGACCAUGAGCAUUAUCCAGGACAAGCUUGGCAAUGAGUUUCUGCGCAACGGUGGCAUGGACCCCAAUUUCCCCCCCAGCAUGAUCAUGUUCAGCCACUUGCCGCCAGUCACCAGCUUUGCACGGCUCACCUCCCAGUCGGUGGUGGCAGACCUGCCCCAAGAAAUGAUCCUGAAGAAGGAGAGAGAUUCGCCAGAGCACGGUGCCGGCUUCCUCCACAGCAUGGGUAUAAAGCAGGAGAAAUUAAGCGAGUUCGACUACCGCCUGCCUUUGUAUGGAGCUGGCCCAGAGACGGGCUCCGGAGGAGGGGGAAAGGGCACAGAUAUGCUCGACGUUUCCAUGGGCAACCACCAGAACAUGCUUCUACAUGACAUCAGCCUUAGCAAUUUCCCAGGAAGACUGGGGAAAGACCCAAAAGACUCAUCACACAGAAGAGGAAGGAGGGCAAAUGGAGAAGGACCAGAAGGCAAAACCAGGAGGAAGCGAGGGGAUUCUACCAAGUCACUGAUGCUGGAUGGGGACGGAGGCCCCCUCUCCCCGAGUUCCAAACCACACAUAUGUGAACACUGCAACGCCGCCUUCCGCAGCUCAUAUCACCUGCGCAGGCAUGUUCUCAUCCACACAGGUGAGAGGCCUUUCAGGUGCAGUCAGUGUAACAUGAGCUUCAUCCAGAAGUAUCUGCUCCAGCGACAUGAGAAGAUCCACAGUGGGGAAAAGCCAUUCAGCUGUGACCAGUGUAACAUGCGCUUCAUUCAGAAGUAUCACAUGGAGCGGCACAAGAGGACACACAGUGGAGAAAAGCCAUAUAAAUGUGAUACCUGCCAACAGUAUUUCUCUCGUACUGACCGAUUACUGAAGCACAAGAGAACCUGUGGUGAAGCCAUAAAGAAGGGCCUGGACCCAGGGAUGCUGGACCUCGGAGAUGAGGAACUGGCCCACGGCAGCUACCUACACACUCAGGGAAGCACCAACACGCCACGCAAAAAGGGCAAGUCUAAGAACAGUGGAGAGGGGAGCGAGCGCCGCAGGAAGAAAACAGGAGGAGGGGAAGGCAGCCACGGGCUCAGCCUGCAGAACUAUGCUGUGGAUGUUCCCUCUGGCUCCGCCGCGCCCUCCUCAGGUGUGGACGGCAACAUGCAGAACCAGCACGCCAGUGGCCCCAAGCUUGUCUUCAAGAAAGGUGGGCGCAAGGCUGCCGACAAGGGCCUGCUCUCCAUCGGAGAGGCCAGCUCCAGCUCAGAUUCCCAUGAGCAGAAGCUGCUGGGCCCCAAGUCAGGACCCCUGGACCUGCCAGGGGCCAGCGGAAUGGAUGGCAUGGGCCUCCUGCAGAGUGCCUCCGUGUCGAAGCAGGUGGGGACCAGCAGCAAUUACGACGACGCCAUGCAGUUUCUGAAGAAGAGGAGAUAUCUAAACGCAGCAAACAGCGGCGGCGGGGCCGAUUAUGGUUCAGUCCACUUGCAGCCUCAGCAGACGGUCAUCCAGGGUGGCCUUGGAGAGCCCACGUUGGCUCUGCUGGAUACCUCCCCGCUGGUCAGUGUCGACAGCAAGCACGACAAGUCAGGCAUUCCUGACGAAGUGCUGCAGAGCCUCCUGGACCACUACUCGCACAAAACUGACGGUACCCAUCAGGAUGUGACUUUCGAUCUCUCUGACCAGCACCAUGUGGAGCUGCACCCCACAUCCGCCACGCCAGAGCUGGGCGCAGACGAGGGCUCCUCGAGCGGAUCUGGAGACAAGAGUGGGAUCAUGAGUGAAUAUUCCAAGUUCCUGCUGCAGACCCUGGAGAGGACCAGCCACAGCGGCGGCUUCACGCUUGGCCCUGGCGGCGCCUUCCCCAGCUCCCUCUUCCUCGACAAGCAUGUCUACACCACCUCUCCCCUGGAGUGCAGCUUCGGUCAGUCCGUCUCCUCUCCCAUUGCCCCCUCCUCCUCCUCUGCUCUACCAAAGUCCCACUUCAGCAUGCUCGUCAGUUCCCCGUCACCAUCACAUGCUUCACCCUCCCCUCAGCAGGGGUUCCACUUGGCAGCCCUGGAGCCCCCUGCUCACCAGCAGCUAACCCCGUCGCAAGAGCUGGAUAAGCCUCCCUCCCCCCCCUACCCUCUUGCCACCCAGGAGCUCGCCAACAGGCAAAAAAAGCAGCAAGCAAAGAAUACCAGUGCCACAGCCAACGGUGGUUGCAGGAAUGAUGCUGGCAGCAGCUCCUCCAUCUACACCCUGGCUCCAACUCCUGAUAUGGUGACUUUGGAGCCCUCCAAGGAAGUGGAUGUGCGCUCCACAUACCAGAUUGAGAACUUCGCCCAGGCCUUUGGCUCCCAGUUCAAAUCGGGGCGCAGGACCCCGCUGCCGUACAGCGCUGACCCCCAGGUUGGGGUCGGGGAUGCUGAUCCCCGGAUAUCGCGGACUUCCGUGUCGGAAUUCUCAGGGUAUACUAGUCUGUUAGCUGACGUCAGCGAGCCAGCUAGCUCAGGAAGCAAAACGCCCACAAGCCAAAGCUACAGGUAAAGGUUUUGGUAGCCAGCCUAACCCCGUAGUGUGGGAUGCAGACUCUUACCCAGUGCCCCCCCCGCAGAACCUACCCUUAUUUUAAAAAAAAUUUUUUAAACACAAUAUUAAUUAUUACACUGCCAUUAAAUGUUAAUACAAGACUCUACCAGGGAAGGUCUGCAAGACCUCAAAUGCAAUUUUUUUUUUAAUUUUCUUCUUGUUUUUAAUUGUAUUUUAGUCUUUUGUUUUAUUAGUGUGGAGGAUUUCAGGAGUAGAUGUGUAAUGUUCAACAAAACUAGAUGGUAGAUAAUGACUGGCUUGACUUUUCACGAACCCUGUGUUUUAGCAAUCAUAGAGUUAAAAAAAUAAUAGAUGAUCUAUAGUAAUAAAACAAUUGUCAGGGUCUUGCCCAGUAUUCAAUGGCAAAAAAUCUCAGCCUAAUGUCUGUUACAAUAACUGAAAGUAUUACUCAGGAAAAGGCAUUUUAAAUAAUUCGGUGCAACUUGCACUCUUCUUUUUAUUUUUAAACAAUACACUUUGAAACUACAGCGAAUCUUUGUUUUUGAAAUUCCUUGAGGAGAGAGACUCAAAAUAGCCUAUUUUCAUCUGAUCACACUGAUGACUUUUUCCACUACGUGUACAUAUGCAGAGACUGGUACUUUUGAUGUCAAUGUGAAAACACUUGGAGACUUCAAUCACUAAGGGCCAGAUGUAAGGAACAGAGAAUCUUACAUACAUAAAUUUACAUAUGUGCAUGCAUUCACAUACAAGUCGCGAGUAGUCAUACAAACUUAUGUGCAUGCAUGUAAAUAUUUUGAAGUAGUGUCUUUAGAGCUACUGCGAAAUGGCCUCAGGGUGUGUUGAACACUUUCAUACCCUUUUUGUUCAACUUUUGUUGGCGUUCAUCCCUUUCUAUAUUAUUUCUCAAGGAAUCAAAUUAGCACUUUCAACCAAUGAAGACAAAAACUGUUAAAUUACAGAUACAAAUUAGCUUUUUGGUGAAAAAGCUGGGGUUUGUUUUUUUUUUUUUUUUUUUGGUUAUUUGUUUUUUUGGUAUGUGUGUAAUGAAAAGGGGUGUUUGAAUUUUUGGAUGUGGGCAUUUGAAACUUUCUUUAGAGUUAGUGGGAUGGGAGGGGUUUUAGCAUGCUUCAGUUGGGUUAGUUAUGCUGUCGAAACGGAUGCCAUACAAAUAUCCUGUGCUGUGGAGCCUUGAGUCUAAGUUCAGGGCCUCUCUUGUGAAAGUGCUGAAAGUGUAUUUAAGUAUUAAAUCUGAUUUGAGUGAAUAGCUGCAAUUGGAGUUCUACCUCUCGGAGCAAAAUUACGAAUCUGACACCCAAUGGACAAAAACUUUGCAAGUUCUCGCUUGGAGAAACCUCUGAGUCAUUUACCCUUUAAGACAUGCACAUCGAAAUUGGUGGACCUGAAUCUUUUAAUCUUUAUUAUUGUUAUUGCUAUUAGCUGAGAUGAAUCUGAAAUGACUGAGUAAGGAGAGACUUUUAUGUCAGAGGUGAGGUUAACAAAGGCUGGUUUGUGAGCCUCUUGAGUCUCCCUCUGCUCUGCUCCGACUGUCCCCAUCUGUCAUGAAUCAGGCCUAGCUGUGGCCUCUGGCUCUGCUCCCUGACAUCACACUGGGAGUCACCGACUUGGUGCCAGUGUUGGCGAGUGGGUGGGGGGACGGACAAAGCCUGAAUGCUGCACUCCCCGUUGCUUUUAAAGAAAAAAAAGGAAAAGGAAAAAUGGUGGCAAAAAGAAUAAAUUGACCUUAAUAUACCUCAUAACGCUGUACAAACGGAAAAAAAAAAACCCAGGGACAUGCGUUUCACGUAGCCUAUGUAGUGGUAAUGUAGUAGUAUACAUCAGUCAUUGUAUAAUCAUGUAAUGCCUCCUGUGUUUACGAUUAUAGUUCAUGUUGGUCUGUUUUGUUUUGGGUUUUUUUUCCCUUUCUUUCUCUGUUGAGCAGCCAUGCCGAACAGUGUUUCAUGGUAGUUUUGACCCUUACGAUUUCAUGAAUUUGUUUCCUGUUCUCCCCAUGUUUUUGUUUAUUGCCAUGUGUUUUUAUAUGAUCUCUAAAAAGACUGUUUACAAUAAUGUACAAAACACUAAAAUGUGUGAUUUUAUUUUUUUUUCACUUUGAUUUUGUUGGCUGAAAUGCAUGAUAUGAAGUUUUUGUUUAGUUUUUUUCCUGAUUACCACAGUUGCACCAAAUGUUUUGUAGCAGAUGCGUCCUCAUCUUCAGAUUCUUUCUUCAUGACUCUACAGGGCUGUACAUGUCAGAUGACUUUAUAUAUCAUUAGAUUAAGCCAAUAAAACCUUUUGUUAUGAAAACC